AUUCGCCACGCGCCGGCCCCGGGGCCGCGGUUUUUAUUCCGCAGACCUUUCUCCGCGCUCUGAUUCCCGCCCGGGCGUGUCCGGGGAGGGCGCGGGGAGGGUCCCGCUCCCAGACCUUCUCUCCUCGCCGGGGGCGCAGCCGGGCUCCGUGUGUCGAAACGGCGGCGGGCGCGGAGCGCUUUGUUUACUCGCCGCGGCGUUCGACGUGGAGCCGGGCGGCGGCGGCAGGGCCAGCGCGGCGAGGGCAGCGGAGCGGGGCGGGCCGGAGCGCCGGCGGAGCGGCUCGACAUGGGGGGCUUCUUCUCCACCAUCUUUUCCAGUUUGUUUGGAACUCGAGAGAUGAGGAUUCUCAUCCUGGGGCUGGAUGGAGCAGGAAAAACAACCAUUCUCUACAGGUUACAGGUUGGAGAAGUUGUUACCACCAUUCCGACCAUUGGCUUCAAUGUUGAGACGGUGACCUACAAGAAUCUGAAAUUUCAAGUCUGGGAUUUAGGAGGACAGACAAGCAUAAGGCCCUACUGGCGGUGUUACUAUUCCAACACAGAUGCUGUCAUUUAUGUAGUGGACAGCUGUGAUCGAGACAGGAUUGGCACUUCAAAAUCAGAGCUUGUUGCUAUGUUAGAGGAAGAAGAGCUGAAGAAAGCCAUUUUGGUGGUGUUUGCAAAUAAACAGGACAUGGAACAGGCCAUGACUCCCACAGAAAUGGCAAAUGCCCUUGGCUUACCAGCUUUGAAGGACCGAAAAUGGCAGAUAUUCAAAACCUCUGCAACUAAAGGCACAGGGCUUGAUGAAGCAAUGGAAUGGUUGGUGGAGGCCUUGAAGAGCAGGCAGUGAUACAAAACUGACCAGUGCAAGGACGUGUCAGCUAUAGCCAGAACCCUCCUUUCUGCAGUUAAGUAUUUUCAGGCCACAGAUACUUGUAAAUAGGACAGAUUUGAAUUUGACUUCUGUAAUGUGGAUGCCUUUCUUCAAUUGUAAAACUGAAAUAAGUGAAUGUGUACAUUAUGAUACUCCAUUUCUUUCUUUUUGUUUAAAGAAUGUACUUAUGUUAAUUUGUAUGAAAGUCUUACUGGCUGAGAAAGUUGGUGUUUUUUUUGUCAUCCCCCCUUCCUUUGGUGGUUUUGGUGGCCAGCAUAUUGGUGUAGAUAGAACACUAAUAAAAUCUGGAACUGUCAGCUAUA